AUGUCUAUAGCACUUUGGUAUUGUCCACCUCAAGGGUCUGUUUUAUAUGAGAUUUUAGCUCAGCUAAUUUCAUCUUUACAAACAUUAUUUCCCAACUCACCUCUCUUUGAACCUCAUAUCACAAUUGCUACACAGUUACUAUGUAUAGAUAAAGAUGCAAGGAACCAGAUCUUAACUUCUUGUAUGGCCGCUAUUCAAUCCAUCAAAAAGGAUUUGAUUAAAACUGAACAAUAUAACAAUGAUCAUUUGAUCUCAUUUAAAAGUUGUAGUAUAGGUAAAAAAUAUUUUAAAAAAAUUACUUUAGAUUGUGUCGAAAACAAGUAUUUAAUUAGCAUUUCUAAAAUUAUGAAAGAAAUGUAUUCGGAUCCUCAAAUGAUAGAUUCAAUGAAUGUAUUUCAUCCACAUCUAUCGUUACUAUAUUCCGAUGUAGAACCAAUUAGCAAAGCCUAUGUUAGAAUUAUUAAACAAAGAGUACAAGAUACAUUAGAUAUAAAAUUAGAAGAAAUGAAAGAGGAUUUAAGUGAAAUGCAAAAUGAUACACAGAUUACUUGGAAUAUCAAUACUAAGAGUAAGAUAGGUUGGAAUAUUCCCGGUACUUUUAAAAUUGUCAAAUGUGAAGGCCCUGUAAAUCAAUGGGAGGUAUUAGGUUCAGUUGAUGUAUGA